AUGGAUUCUUAUUCCGAGUCAUCGAUGGAGAACGUAAAAGCAUUGGAUUUCACAUCCUCCGUGAAACGGGAUACUAACGUGCAAUGCACAGAUUCGAUAUUGGAUCUUUCUUUCAAGAAACAAAGCACCUCAAGCUCAAGCACACCAAGUUCACCCGGUUCACGUUCAAAUUCACCCGCGAGCACGACGAAACAAGAUCAAACCAGUCGUUUUUUGGAAACCGAACAAAAAAGCCCUUUUGAAAGUCGAACAUUUAUGGUAACGCCGCCGUCAGAGUCAGAAUCCCCGAAAAAAAAUAGAUACGAACCAAUUUAUAAUAGUACGGAUACGCCAGUAAAUGUCAUAGGACAACGCAAUGGUUUCUCUGUUUUACCAAUGAACAUUUCGAUUCCAGUCGUCCCUACAGUAUUGCCAACACUGCUCACGCAAAAUAGCGAGACGAUUAAACCGUCGCUAACUUCUACUACGUCAACGACGUCUUCAGUAGCAUGUUGUAAUGAAGUUGCGUUGUCAAAUUUGUCUACAGACCCUAGCAAAAAGGCGCCAAGACCGUUUAAGGCUUAUCCAAAAGAUCCGUUGUCGCUUAGUGUAGGGACAACUGAAUUAGUGUACGAUCAAAAUUCCAACGAGGCUUAUUCGGAAUUUCGAAAACGAAUGUUGGAAUCGGUUAAAAAGUCAAACGAAGGAACGAACGUGAAAAUGCGAAGAGUCACAAAAAGUCCUGGAUUGCCAACAAGCACUGUUGAUGAGAAGGAUGCGGCCUACUGGGAAAGGAGAAGAAAAAAUAACGAAGCCGCGAAACGAUCCAGGGACGCUCGAAGGGCGAAAGAAGACGAAAUUGCUAUCAGGGCAGCUUUCUUAGAGCAAGAAAACAUGAAAUUAAAAUACGAACUUGUAGCACUUAGGAAUGAAACGGCUAAGCUUAGAUGUAUGGUUUACUCAACUUAA